AUGCACUCGAGAGAUUUUGCAUCCCAGGCCAUGCACCAAACGAGUAAACAGUUUCCAAAAGCAUUUGAGGGACAGAGAAGGCCAAAGAUGAAAAUUCCAGACUUUCCGUCAGAACUCGAGAAGGACCAAGCAUCCUUUUUUUCCUUUGAUACAUCAGUCCAACCUCCACCUCUUAGCACAACAAAUUGCUUUAUUACCGAGACAACAAACACAGAUCCUAAUCUUCUGAGAUCCACAAUGUAUACUCUUCCUACGGAUACUGAUACCUUUGAGUCAAUGGAAAUUCCCUUUGGAUUAGUUCUCAAUCCUUUCAAUCAGAAAGCUAUGGCAACCGAGUUGGACAAAAGCAUUUCUAUGAAGUGCUGGCAAUGCCAAAGUUACGUCAACAUAUUUACAAAGAUCGAAGGAAACACUUUCUACUGCAACAUUUGUAACUCAAAAAACCAGGCAAAAGAGAAAAUAAGUAGCGAGGUUACCAGAUAUUCCACAAUAGAAUAUGUUGAUAGGGUGAAAGAGGAAAGAAUCACAAGGCCAGAGGCUGGAAACAUAGUUUCAGAAAGUCUUUUCAGGACUACAAUGAUUGAUGGGCCAGCAUUUAUUUUUGGAAUCGAUACUACUGCAUCUCCAUUAAUGGAGCAUGCAUUCAAAGCUAUGAAGCUUUUGAUUAACGAUGAAAACUUUCGAUUUCUGUUUAAGAAAGUUGGAGUGAUCCUGUUUUCCAGCACUGUUUCUUUGAUAAAGCCAUCGGGGGGGAUGAUUACAGAGGUUCUACUGUCGGACAGGCUUCAACUUCCGUUUAUCUCUCCGGAAUUCUUAAUGGAUUCCGAAGACGAUGGGCUGAUGAAAUCAUUAAUGGAGUACGUUAUGGGAAAAUCCGAAGACAAAGGAAAGUUCAAAAAUGGAUUUGAAGAUUGCUUAAGGGUUGCAAUUUCUAUAGCAGGGUAUUGCAAGGGCUCAAAGAUGGCGGUUUUUUCGAAUAUUCAAGACAAGGUGGAAUAUGAGGAAGUGGCAAAGCAACUCAUCGAGGUGGGAUGUUCGCUAAAUGUUUUUUCAACACAAAAGACAUCUGCCACCAAGCUGUGUGCUUCCACUACAGGUAAAUGUUUUAUAUAUAGCCUUGAAUCCCUCAGCAAGCUGGGCCCAGACCUCCUAAACCUAGGAGUCACAAAGAGCUCAUACAAAGUGCAAGUCGAGGCAAAGACUUCGGAUGCCAUAAGGAAAUUGAGUUUUUAUGGAAAUACAGUCUUUGAACAUCUAGGGUUUCAGGACUUUGCACAUAUGGAUGAUAAAACUGCAUUUGGAAUGACCUUUUCCUUGGAAGAGCCGCUCCAAAAUAAGUCUAAAGUGUAUGUCCAGGUGAUACUAAGAUUUUACUCUUUUGACGGGUCAAGUAGGGUUCUUGUGAUGAAUUCCAGCUUUGAAGGAUCGUCGAGAAUUUCAGAGGUCUAUGCAAGCCUCAGCUUUGACACUCUGGCAUGUAUAUAUGCAAAAUACAUAGCAAUGGACGAAAGCACUGCCAAGGAACAUUGUAAGAAGGUAGAAAACUCGAUUAGCCGAUCUCUUAAGUAUUAUAGGGAUAACUGUUGCAAAGAGGCGUCUAGUUCCCAGUUUGUUCUUCCUGAAUCUAUCAAAUUGAUCCCUUUGAUAUACCAGGCAAUGGUGAAAAAUAGCUGUUUUUCCAACAACAUAAGCACAGAUACCAUGUCUCGAGUGACUGGCUUUACUGUCGAGGAAAAUCUCAGGUUUUUUUAUCCGCGCCUAUUUGCAUUUACCGAUUUCUACAUAGACAAAUCUCUGGAAAAGGUCAAAGCUCUCAGACUCAAUGUUGAGUCGCUUAACUCUGAAGAAAUAUAUAUCUUAGACAACUCUCAGAAGAUAUAUAUCUACAUUGGAAAAGACGUAGAUAUUUCUCUGAAGGAGGCUAUAUUCAGAGAUAAAACAGAGGAAAACGAAGUUCUGGAUAAGAUGAUUGAUGAAUUCUACACUUACUAUGAUAGUGAACUUCCAGUUAUAUUUGUGGAAGAAGGAAAAGGUGGGUCGGAGGUUGAAUUUGUCGGAUAUAUGGUUGAGGACAGACUCAACGACAUACCCUCUUACUCUGAUUAUAUAUGUGAGCUUCAUUUUAAGGUCAAAAAUGCUUAG